AUGCUAGCUUUCAUCAGUGCGAACAUCGACGAAUGGACUAGCAGCGAUACCACCCACCAGUCACAAACGUUGUUGGAAUUAUCUCACAAGGAUGUAGAGCGACCGCACAAUCCACCUGAAGCACAUCCUUCUUUUCAGAACAUAUACCCUAGCCUCCCGAACGCCGACUCUGUUCGCCUCCUACGCCUGCACGGUACCGCAAAUGAGAGCCAUCCUAUCCAUUGUACCCUCCUUGUAUAUCGACUUUGCGAUCCGUCUCGCCCGACCUUCGAGGCCUUUUCCUACACCUGGGCAGAUUUACAAGGCGACUCAUUACUAUGCGAGACCAUUUUCGUCGGCCCACAGUACGACAUCCUACCUGUAACGAAGAAUUGCCUGGCGGCGCUACGCUGCUUUAGAACCUCUGCGGAUCGUCUUGUAUGGGUCGACGCUAUUUGUAUCAACCAGUUCGACCUGAAUGAGCGGGGUCAUCAAGUCUCGCUUAUGAGAGAUGUUUACAAGUCUGCAGCCCGAGUGCUAACGUAUCUGGGAAAGUGGAGCGAAGACCUUGGAGAUGUCACGGAAUUGCCACACUACAACGACAGGAGAUCCGACCAUCCUUCUGGAACUGCUUUCGCCGAUGUAAGCAAGAUACUUUGUUUGCCCUACUUCUCGCGCAUCUGGGUCAUUCAGGAAGUCCUGCUCGGUAACUCAGCUACCCUGAGUGUCGGCAAGCACACAAUACAUUGGAAGGACUUCCGGGAUCUUGUGCAGAAAUCCCUGUCAGGCCAACAUAAGAAGCCAGCCUCGGCUCUGGUUGAGCACUUCGAUAGCAAAGACGGCGAGAUGAGCCUGCUAUCAUGGCUCAAAGCCACGAAGGACUCUCGGUGCGGUGAUUUGCGCGAUCGUGUAUACGGCCUAAUGGGCCUAAUCAGCGAGGAAGAUCGGGGAGAUCUACCGGUAGAUUACAGCAUCAGUAAACAGGAGCUAUACACCGGUUUGGCAAUGUACUGGCUUACAUAUAAUGACGAUAACGGAGGAUUGAUACCUCAGGUAUUGGACAUGGCCUUAUCUACCAAUACCACUUCAGGCCUCCCUUCGUGGGCUCCCGACUGG